AAAUAAACUAUUUAUUUAUGGCAUUUUUUGGGAAAGUCCUAUUGUUUGCAGCUCUAGCUGGUUACAGUUUCCUUUUAUUCACUGAUGUCCAAUUGGGAAAACAGUUUGAAGCUAAAUACUCUGAAUUUUAGAAGAAUCAUCAUGUCAAAUCGGUAAUUUCCCAUUCUUAUUUAAGUACAUACCCUCUGAUUAUUUUAAAUUAUUGCCAGCAGUAUUAGCCAGAUAGGUUAUUUCAGGACUUAUUGCAAGUUCUUUUUUGAUGUUCUUAUGCGGAUGGUAAAUCCAAUUCAUUUAAUCCUCUAGUUUCGCCAUCUUACCAGUGUUAGGACUCCUCUUGUAAGCUGCUAUAACAGCCAAUCCAUUAAUUAACAAUGAUUAGGCUACUUAAAUCGAAUUUUUGAAAACCUUAGCCUUGGUUGGAGGAUUAUUCUUAUGGUCAUCAUCCAAUUGCGCAGCCAAAAAAGUAAACAAAGUCAAACCAGAAUGAUAAUAUAAUUUAGGUCAUUUUAAAAUUGAACAAAUCUUAGAAAUAA